AUGAAAAUUUCGUUAUUAAAAACAAAACAAAAUUUAAAAUUUGAUGGGGGAGGUGGUGGGGAAGAGGGAGGAGGGAAGAGGAAGAGGAAGAGGAGGAGGGAAAAGCACAAAGGCGACGAAGCUAUGAAAAAGGUUUAUAAAAAGAAAACUGAAGCUGCCAAAAAGGAUUAUUUAAAAGCUUUAGCCAUAUACAGAGCAAGCAUUGUGUCUAAGGGUGCAAGCGAAGGGGAAGGAAUGUACGGUCAAUAUGGAGGUUACGGUGGAGGUUACAGCGGUUAUUCUCCACCUGCUGGAAUGCCUUCGCCAACGAAUCCUCCACACAUUCCUCAACAGCAACACAUGCAACCGCAACAGCAGCAAAUGACGACAAUGGCAAAGAAAUCACCUUUGCUGACGAACAUGAUGAACGAAAGAGGACAAAACGGUCCUUCGCCUCAGCAGGGUAUGAUGGGUUCGCCUAUGAGUUCACCGAUGGGUCACAUGGGUCCGCAAUCACACUUACAAAAUCAGAAUUCAGGUUACAUGCAACAGAUGACUCCAUCUCCAUCCAUUCAACACGGAAACGUUAACAUAAACGCAUCAAACGGUGAAGAUGUAAAUGGUCCAGGAGCCGGAGGAUUAAACGUUGAUGGCGGAGUAACCGGAAAUCAUUGCAUUCGUCAGGGAUGCACGAACCCAGCCAUAACGAGUACCGAAUGGGAAGAUGAAUAUUGCUCCAAUGAAUGCGUCGUCGAUGUUUUCAAUUCUUGGAUGGCCUCGAAUCGUAACCAACAACAAAAUCAUCCGGCGGUUAAAUAA